AUUCGAGAUAUGCACCUGCUUUUUGAUCGGAUCACUUUUCACCCUCUUUUGCAGUUGGAAAAUAGAGAAUAAAAGAACUUUUUCCAAUGUCUUAUAAUAAAAAAUGAUAUUUUCAUAAAACUUUCAUAUAUUUGCAUUCCCACGACAAACGAUAACCCGGUUUGUCUCAGAAAAGACGGUAUUUGGUCCGCACGCUCACUCAACAAACAAUUAGCGAUGGAAGGUGAUAACUUUUAACGAACAUCAAUCAACGCUACAUCAAAGUCGUUGGCUUGUCAAUAAAAUGGUUUGAUAAGAUAAACGCUCGAGCGUCCUAAAUCCAGCCAAUCAGCUACUGAUGCGCAAGUAAAGGCGUGGCCAAAGAGAGCGUUAAGCUCCUAAUCUAUUGGCAGUUUGCUAAGAAAUAAUGGAGAGGCCGAAUAAUUAUUAUAGAAACUUCAAUAACGAACCUAAUUAUUACUACGAUGAAGCAUUUGCGUAUUCCGCCUACAAUCAGCAGUUAAUACCUCAUUCAUCCCAGCAACGUUACGAUUUAAUUCCCCAGUCGACAGUUCCAAAGCCGCUCUCGCGACAAGGAGCAACAGCAAGGGAGAGAAGUCGUAUGCAUUUGCUGAAUGACGCUUUCGACGCCUUAAGAUUAGUUGUGCCUAAAUCAAACUUAAGCGAGCAUCAAAAAUUAUCGAAGAUUGCUACUCUUCGUUUGGCUAUUCAUUAUAUCUCGGCUUUAAGAUCCAUCCUAACGAGCUCAGGAAUUGAAAUAAAGCCAAUAAAAACCUGCCACGUACCAAUAAAAAGAGGGAGAAAACGACUUCAUCCACGGGCGAACGAUCAAGAAAGAAAAGAGAAAAUUAGUUUAGAAAAGAGAAUAAAAACAGAAUAAAAUAUGUGCUGGAUAGAACUGGAUUAGUGCUGAUUAUUUAUAUCUUUCCAUGCAGUAUAUAAAAGUGUCUUUUUAACUUUUGAGUGUUCUAUGCAAUAAAUACAAUUUAAUAGAUAAAUAUCAUAAAGUAAAUUAUGUAUAAUUUUUUAUUUCCUUAAUUAUAA